AUGGUGAAAGGCCGAUUCACAGUGAACCCGUUCCCGAACUUGAAGUUGACGCCGGCGGACACGGGCAACCUCCACGAGAUAGCGAGCUCCAUCCUCGAGGCCAACAUCCAACGCUACGAAGACUUCCUGACCAAGGAGAACAAGAAGAUCGACGCGGAUAAGUGGAAAGUACUCAAGACCAAGGAGAACUCCACCGUGUACACGGCUCGACACCACGACGUCUACCGCACGGGCGCUACAACCCACCGCGGCCACCAAGCGCAUCCAGCACUGCCGUCUCUACUCAGUCUGGGGACGACGGUGGGGUCUUUGGAGGACAUGAUGCUCGGCGUCGUGAACCCGACGCUGGAGAUCAUGCGGAUCAAGGCCUCGUACGUUGACGACCUGAGUGGAGCCGCCGUGCUGGCCAACCUCGAGGACCCUACACUGGACGACCCGUUCCGGUCGCUGGUGGUCAAGUGGAUGGAGCUCGAUAUCCCUCUCCACACGACCAGCCUCGUCAACAACCGCGACUAUGUCUACCUAGAAGCCACUGGGAUGGCCGCCCUCUCGACAGGCGAGCGAGUGGGCUACCAUGUGCUGCACUCGGUCAACUUCCCGCAGACUCACGAGCUGCCUGGACGCGUGCGUGCCGAUACGUCGAUCUGCGGUAUCUUCCGUCAGAUCCGACCCAACGCCAUCGAAGUCUUCGUCUCGGGCGUGAUGGACCCGGGCGGUGACAUGAUCCGCAUCCUGGUGGUCCCCAGCAUCGCUUCUGUCUUCCUGUCCACGCUCAAGUACGUGCACUGCGGCCAAAUGAAGAAACUCGCGUGGAUGCUGGAGAAGCGCUACGCUGAAGCCAAAGAGCUCGGGACUCCCAAUCGCGAGCACAUCUGCGUCACAUGUUCGGCUCCGAUCAAAAACCGAAGAAUCGGCGACUUCGGCAAGAGCAGUAGCACCUGCAAGUUGUGCUUUGGCUACGUCUGCCAUGGCUGCAAGAUCGAGCGGAAGCUGAGCUUCGUGACGCCGGAUCUACUGCUGGCCCAAAGGAAGGUCACGUUCUGUGCCGUGUGCUUGAACGAUGCGGUCCGAGAGAAUGCAACCGUUGCAGCCAGAGCGCAAAUUGCUGCCUGUGGUGAAGUCGGUGAAGUCGGCAAGACGCAUCAGUAUUCUACAGUGUCAGACGCCUCCACUGUGUCGGGGUAUUCAUCCUCGCAAGGAUAG